AUGAUUGCUCAACUCCCUAAAAUAUCUAGAGAGAAGGCAACACAUGCACAAGAGUCAAAAAUUGGCUCCACAAAAUCAAGGCCACAAAAAAGACUUUGCUCUCAGGUAUAUUCGUGUGGGUCAAACCCAACAUGUCAUGACAGUGAUGAUAAAUUCGAGAGUCUCCGUGCGCUAGUCUGGCUAGUAAAGUUCCAGCUCUUGUAUCAAACAGAAGUGGCGGCGAUAUUGGGCUCAGCUGCUGAUGGAGAUAAAGCCAAGAAAAGCAGAAGAAUCAUGAUAAAAACUGGAAUAAAAAGAAACAACAAAGGCGGCGGCGAUAACGGUGGCAAUACCAGUGGAAGCACCAGUAAAGACACUGUCAGCACAACCAUGGCAACAAUGGAUCUCAAGCUAAAUUCCCUCAACAUCAACUUCUAUGCAAAGACAUGA